UGUUAUGGGUGAACACCCUUAUCACAAUCUUCUGAGCCCUAGAUUUAAAACACGAUAUAGCACAGUGCCCAGUGUGGCAAUAGAACCAGCAAUCAUGGCUAAUAGCAACUACACUGUGACAACAAACAGUUCAUUGCCGAGGGAAAUAGAUGCCUUCGAUGAAAUGGUUCAGGAGCGCCUGGAAUGGAAGUCCCUGGUUCUUUGGCGUCGUCCUGUGCAGACUUUGAAGUAUGGGAGCCUGGAGGCCGGUCAACUGUUGCUAUCCUUCAUCGGAAGGCUGUGGAAUCUGUGGUUGAUGGGCGUUCUGCUGCUGUUGGGCAUGUUUUGUUUACUGCCGGGACCCCAUGCGGAUUUCGUGAUUUUCUGUCGGCAGAGGUUUGGAUUUGCGGUCUACUGGCUGGGGCUGGGCGUGCUCUCCUCUGUGGGCUUUGGCACCGGGCUGCACACCUUUCUGCUCUACCUUGGACCCCACAUAGCAGCAGUCACUCUGGCCGCCUACGAGUGUCAGACGCUGGACUUUCCCACUCCGCCGUAUCCGGACAUAAAGGUCUGCCCACAGGAGCCGUACAAGCGCAAUUACCCAGAUGUGUGGCAAAUUCUGGCAAAGGUGCGUCCGGAGGCGCUGCUCUGGGGCAUUGGCACUGCCCUUGGUGAGUUGCCGCCAUAUUUUGUGGCACGUAGAGCACGCCUCUCCGGCAAGGAGUUGGAUGGAGCGGAGGCAGAAAUGUUAUUGGGUGAAAAGCGAAAGCUAGACAUUUUUGACCGUUCCAAGCUGUUCAUGGAGCGGGUAAUGCAAAGAGUGGGCUUCCUGGGAAUACUACUCUGCGCCAGCAUUCCCAAUCCUCUGUUCGAUCUGGCCGGUAUAACUUGCGGACACUUUCUGGUGCCCUUUUGGAAGUUCUUUGUGGCCACCCUGAUCGGCAAGGCAUUGGUCAAAGCCACCAUACAGCAGUUGUUCGUUAUCGCGUCUUUAACCGAGAAUCUGGUCGAUAAGUUUGUAGUCGCUCUGGGUAAGCUACCCUAUCUCGGACCCCCAAUGCAGCAGAUGAUCAAGGACCUGUUGCGGUCCACGAAGCAGCAGAUGCAUGGAACAGGCACCUCCGAUUCCCUGGCAUAUCUGAGCUAUCUGGUUCGGGCUUUCGAGCUCUGUGCCUUCGUCAUGGUCACCUGUUUCGUAGUAUCUUCACUGAACUGCCUCGCGCAAAUUCAUUGCAAGCGCCUGCAGGAGAAGAAGCGCAAGAUGCGAAACCUGGAGAUGAUCCUCUAUGCCGACACGGAGGCAUCCUCAUCGGAGGAGUUCACCGUCUAGGUGUCAGAUAAUAUAUUUUUUAACUCCCUCUUAGCUCUUGAUGUUUUCAGUUCUUUAGUAUUGUUCUAUAGUUAAGCACAUGGCUAAGUAAUACAUUUUUGAGGCUUAAAUCCAUAAGAAUCUGCGCUAUUAUGUAAAAUACCUACUUUCUACUCACUUGAAGCUAGUCAUCAGUUAAAGAAAUACUUGAAUUUAA